AUGAAGUUUGAAGAAAUUAUUCCACAUUUGGGAGAAUUUGGUAAAUACCAGAAAACGCAACUGUUCUUGCUCUCGUUGCCGGUUUGGGUCACAGGAAUGCACGCAUUGGCGAUGACUUUCAUAGCGGCUUCACAGGACUUUAGGUGCUUUAUCCCAGGUUGGGAUGAUUAUUCCAACAAAACUGGUCCCCUCAACUACUCCUUGAUAUUUCCUACUGAUGAAGAUGGGCAGUAUGACCGCUGUAAUAUGUAUGCUGUCAACGUGACCAGAGGGGUGUGGUAUACGAUACCAGACAAUACAACUGCCACAGUGCAGUGUAACCAAUGGGUCUAUGACACGUCACAGUACAAGACGUCUGUUUUCUCUCAGUUCAACAUGGUUUGUGAUCGCAAGUACCUGAACAACUUGGCCCAGUCCAUGUACAUGGCGGGAAUGUUGGUUGGAGCCAUUGUUAUCGGUGAUUUGUCCGACAGGUUUGGCAGGAAGCGUUUAAUGUUCAUAAGUCAGGUUUUUCAAGUGCUUUGCGGCGUUGCGCUGGCGUUCGCUCCAGAGUACAUCACUUUCACCACUCUACGUUUUCUUCUUGGGGCUGCACAUUCCGGAGUCUUCCUGCCAGGAUUUGUGAUCGCUAUGGAGUUGAUUGGAGCAAAACAAGGACGGGCUAUCACUGGGAUUUCAUUCAAUGCCUUUUUUGCUGUGGGGUUUUGCACUUUAUCGUUAGCAGCAUAUUUCGUUCAGUAUUGGUUUUGGCUUCAACUGAUCAUAACUGCUCCAAGUGUUUUCUUUUUGAUUUAUUGUUGGGACAGAAUAAUUCCAGGAUCUGCAAGAUGGUUUAUGCAAAACUCUCAAGUAGAGCGUUCAAAGAAAAUCAUACAAAAGGCGGCAAAAAUGAACGGCAUGCCUGAUAUACAAAAGCUGAUAGAUCAGUUAGAGCCUGACUCACAUGAAAAAUCGCAUGUGUUCAAGAUUAUGAAAUAUCCUCGUAUGAGAAAUAGAGCUCUGAUAAUGUUCUUUAAUUGGUUCACCACGAGCUUGGUGUUUUAUGGCUUGUCCCUCGGCACGUCACAGCUUCCUGGUGGCAAUGAUUAUUUGAACUUGUCGUUGUCUGGGUUGGUGGAAUUCCCUGGAUUUCUGUUUUGCAUUCUGGUCAUGGACCGGAUAGGGCGGCGGCCAUGCUUAUGCAUUAGCAUGAUAUCCUGUGGGGUUGCUUGUAUUGGAGCUGCCGUCAUCCCUGAUACAGCAGGAUUAGACUGGCUAAGCAUAACGCUGUCCAUGAUUGGCAAAGCCUUCUCUGGUGCAUGCUUUGUCCUUGUGUACAACUACUCCGCUGAGGCAUUCCCUACCGUCGUACGAAACGGAGUGAUCGGAGUCUGUUCCAUGAUCGCCAGGGUCGGGGGAAUUCUUGCACCACUUGUUAAUUUGACGGGAUCAUAUACUUCCAAGGAGAUUCCACCGAUCGUUUUUGGUGUUACCUCCCUAGUUGCUGGUCUUCUGGCUCUUUUACUUCCUGAAACACUGGGCACACACAUGCCAGAGACACUGGAGCACGGCGAGGCAUUCGGAACUCCCAAAUAUAACGAAACCCUCUAUGCCUCUGCUUCAAAAACAGAUAAGAAUGACAUUCAAUAUGAUCGGAGCAAAGAACAAAAUACCAGUCAGAGCAGUAAGGUGGGGGCGAUAAAUGAAAGCUUUAAUAACGAUGAUUACGGCAGCGAAGAUGAAAGCCAUUCACCGCGCUCAGGGAAGCUUCAAACAACGCACAGCUGGAAGUAG